AUGAGCGAACUUCUUCCAUCGCAUUCGGCACGCAUAACUGCCGUCCUGCCAGUCACACCUUUGUCAAUAUCCUCCCUCAAUGCGGAAAUAUCCUCAAUCCUUGAACACUCGACAUAUCUCGAUCAAGUGGUUCUUCUGACUCCGCCUACGCUCUUAUUGCAAGCGAAGCAGAGUAUUCGCACUUUCUUGGGGACUUGGGGAACCUCAGGUCAUGUGGAACUUACAGUCAGUCCUUGGUUGACGGGGACCCAAGACGUAGCGUCACUACGAGCCGCACGUCAAACCACGUCCGACUUCGUACUUUUCUUGGAUGAUUCUGGCCUGCAGCAAACGGAAUACCAUAUACGAGAAGCGUUGCUACUUCUUGAACCGUUUUCGACCACAGUGCCUAUUGGCCCGUACGGUUUCUCGGAUGGUCAAAGCCUGACUUGCAUAUCUUCUUCAGAGAUGCCACAACCUGCAACAUUCCUGAUACCCCCAUUUGUCAUGCCGUCUACUCUGUUCCCCUCGGAUGAUCUAAAAGAGGAGACCAUCUUCGGGAUCUGGCGCGCACUUGGGGAAAGCAUCGCUACGCCUCAACGGGACUCAAUUGGCGGCUUUGUCAUCGGGCCCAACAAUGUAUCCGCGCCUUGGUGCCGUUCUAACAAGGCGGGCUCUAUUAUCGAAACCACAGAAGGAUACAGCUUCAAUAUUGUCCUUGAUCCUACGGAGCAAAGAUCUGACCAAGAUGCGACGAAUGAGACAUGUGAUGCAGAUUCCGACUUUCUUCGGCCUGCCCUCGGAUCCUUCUUGCUGGUGUUUUCUACUUUGACAGACCUCCAUAACUUCUCUCCGGCUGCCUGCCGACUUCAACGCGAUGGUCACAAUGUACAUGUUCUUCUCUAUGACGAGGGUCUCUGUUCUCCCCCACAGACGAGUGCAGAUACAAAAAGUCUCGUUCUGGCAUCCUGCAAGUUGGAAUACAGCGUGUUGCCUGUAGGCUCUGAAACCGAGGUACCUACCAGUCUUGAGGAAUGGAUCCAGUGCCACUCCUUGAGCGCAGACGUAAUCCUCACUACUCUCAGUGAAGAGGAGCGGUUUUAUCUGCACAUGCGUAGCGAGAAUGGAUCCACAGUCAUACAUAUACCUUCGUCUGACUUGCCAUUCUGCGACUGGAUGGGAUCAUUGACGCUGCAGGAAUACAAGAGUUGGCAUUUACCUCACGUUGAUAUUUCUGUUAUCACGAACGACCGGCCUCGUUCGCUCUCCCGCCUUCUUGCGUCACUAUCAACUGCGCGUUACUUCGGCGACUCGAUUGACUUGCGUGUAAACAUCGAGCAGACGGCAGAUCUGGAGACCCUAAAGAUGGUGGACGCAUUUGAAUGGACACACGGACGCAUGUUUCUGCACCGGCGGGUGAUUCAUGGUGGGCUCCUGACCGCAGUCGUAGAGUCUUGGUACCCGCGCUCGAACCAUUCUUAUGGCCUGAUACUCGAGGACGAUGUAGAGCUUUCGCCACUGUUUUACGCAUGGGUGAAACUUGCAUUACUUCGAUAUCGAUACGGACGGCGCGAUGAUGUAUCGCCCAGAUUGUUCGGCAUCAGUCUCUACCAGCAGAAGAAUCUUGAGCUGCGUCCCGAGGGGCGCCAUCCAUUCAACGCGCGCAACACUUUUUCGGCAGCGGGUUUCGUAAACCCACACACACCCUAUCUUUCGCAGAUUCCGUGCAGCUGGGGCGCGGUGUACUUCCCGGAGCAUUGGCGCGAGUUCCAUUCCUACUUGUCCUUCCGACUCUCCGAGUACGCGUGGGAUGUGGACCAGAUCGUCGUCCCCGGCGUGCGCUCUAACAAGUGGACGCGGUCAUGGAAGAAAUACUUCAUCGAGCUCGUAUACCUCCGUGGCUACGUCAUGCUCUAUCCAAACUAUGCGGACUAUGUGUCGCUGUCGACAAACCAUCUCGAGGUUGGCUCGCAUGUGAAGGACGUACCAAGCGAGGUCUAUCUCCGGAAGAAGAAGCUGUUUCUACUGCCACUGAUGCAACUGCCUGAGGAUAAGGCGUUUGCCGGAACCGGCUUGCUAGACCUUCCUGAUGCUCGCCUGCCUCAAUGGUCCGAUUUACCUUCCCUCGAUCUCUUAGGAUUGUCAGCAGGAGAAGACGAACUGAUGGAGCGAGGGAAAGUACGCAGAGCAGAGCUCACAGACUGCGCAUAUGCAGUCCACAUUGACCAUGACAUCCGCGAUCUUUUAUGCCUCUAUGACCAGUCAUCCGAAUUUGUGUAG